AUGUCAAACUCACGAUCAUCGUCAAGCUCCACAAGCUCCACAAGCUCCAGGCUGUCGUCGAUCGAGAAGAAUCAGAGGUACGAUCUGGAGAGCAUCAACAAGAACCACGCCAACAUGCAGAAGAACUACAAGGACAUCAGGGAGUCGCAAGAUCGUGUGACCAAGCUCGAGGAGCGCGUUCUGCAGCUGGAGACGAUCGUCUCGUCGCUGAGGUCGUCGGAUCCAUCGUCGUCAUCGUCCCAAUCCCAAUCCCAAUCCCAAUCGAAGAAGAUCGUGUACAAGCCGCGGCCGCGUCCGACCGAAUUUCACUCACCUAAACAGCCGAGCACGAACGAAGAGAAGGUGGCGCACAUGCAGCAGCUGUCGGCGAAGCUCCAGCUCGAUCGCUCGGCGCUGAUCGCCUUCAACAAGAAAAACAUGGCGCUACCCGAGAGCGAGAGGCACGUCUGGGAGAAGAGGCUGAAGAAGAAGGACGGCAGCGUCGUCGUCCAGCGGUUGGACAGGAUCGUCGACAACAAGAGCCUGGAUUGUUUGCUUAGGAACGACGCUACGAGGGCCGUGGUCAACAACAUGCUGGUCGACAAAGGCGGACCGGAGCGCAACAUGAAGUCGACGAUCCGCACAACGUACUGGGUGUUUCUCAGAGACGGCAAGCUCACCACGAUCAGCGAACAGUUCAAGGGCGGCGUCGGGACCGAGUACCUGUGGACAGAGGACGCCGCGCUCCGACGGCCGUCCGCCGACUGGAUGAAUGACACGAGGCGCCAAAUGGAUCCGCGCAGGGCCCAUAUCGACCCUCGGACCAUGGCGCUGUGGGUCCCGAAGAAGAACGACGACGACGGCAACGACGGCAACGAAGGCGACAACAACGGCGACAACAACGGCGACAACAACGGCGACAACAACGACGACAACGAGAGCGGGCGUGUCGAUGAACCUGUGCAGAAGGAUGGUGUUGGCGAGGGUGGUGCAGAGAGUGUAGCACAUGGUGCAGAGAGUGUAGCACAAGGUGCAGAGAGUGCGGAGAGUGUGGAAGACGAGUCCAUCGUUGGUCUCAAGCGCGCUUUGGACGCAGCAGUAGCGGGAGACACGUCUUCGGAGUCGGAGUCGGAGUCGGAGUCGGAGUCGGAAUCAGAGUCGGAGUCAGAGUCGGAGUCGGACGCACCCAAGAGACCGCGCAUUAUGUAG